CCCCCAGCCCCCUCCCUGCUUCCUAAGGAAAAGGCCUGGGCUCUGCUUAGAGCAGCAGAGCUGAAGAGCCGCUGACAUGGGCAACUUGAAGAGUGUGGGCCAGGAGCCUAGGCCUCCCUGCGGGCUGGGGCUGGGGCUGGGCCUCGGGCUAUGCAGCAAGCAGGGCCCAGCCUCCCCAGCCUCGGAGCCCAGCCGGGCACCAGCACCAGUGCCCCCACCUGCGCCCGACCACAGCCGCCCUCCCCUGGCUCCCAACAGCCCCCUACCAGCCCGGCCCCCAGAAGGACCCAAGUUCCCUCGUGUGAAGAACUGGGAAGUGGGGACCAUCACCUAUGAUACCCUGAGUGCCCAGGCACAGCAGGACGGACCCUGCACCCCAAGACACUGCCUGGGCUCCCUUGUAUUUCCACGGAAACUACAGAGCCAGACAUCCCGGGGCCCUGCACCCCCUGAGAGGCUUCUGAAACAGGCCCGGGACUUCAUCCACCAGUACUACAGCUCCAUCAAGAGGAGCGGCUCCCAGGCCCAUGAGCAGCGUCUUCAGGAGGUAGAAGCCGAGGUGGUGGCCACAGGCACCUACCAGCUUCGGGAGAGCGAGCUGGUGUUCGGGGCUAAGCAGGCCUGGCGCAAUGCUCCCCGAUGCGUCGGCCGCAUCCAGUGGGGGAAGCUGCAGGUAUUUGAUGCCCGGGACUGCAGCUCUGCGCAGGAGAUGUUCACCUACAUCUGCAACCACAUCAAGUAUGGCACCAAUAGGGGUAACCUUCGCUCUGCCAUCACCGUGUUCCCCCAACGUGUCCCUGGCCGCGGUGAUUUCCGGAUCUGGAACAGCCAGCUGGUGCGUUAUGCUGGCUACAGGCAGCAGGAUGGCUCCGUGCGUGGGGACCCUGCCAACGUGGAGAUCACUGAGCUCUGCAUCCAGCACGGCUGGACCCCAGGAAAUGGCCGAUUUGAUGUGCUGCCCCUGCUGCUCCAGGCCCCAGAUGAGCCCCCGGAGGUCUUCCCUUUGCCCCCUGAACUGGUCCUUGAGGUGCCCCUGGAGCACCCCACGCUGGAGUGGUUUGCAGCCCUGGGCCUGCGUUGGUAUGCCCUCCCAGCGGUGUCCAACAUGCUGCUGGAAAUCGGGGGCCUGGAGUUCACUGCGGCUCCUUUCAGCGGCUGGUACAUGAGCACUGAGAUUGGCACUCGGAACCUGUGUGAUCCCCACCGCUACAACAUUCUAGAGGAUGUGGCCGUCUGCAUGGACCUAGACACACGGACCACCUCGUCCCUGUGGAAAGACAAGGCAGCUGUGGAAAUUAACUUGGCUGUGCUGCACAGUUACCAGCUGGCCAAAGUGACCAUUGUGGACCACCACGCUGCCACAGCCUCCUUCAUGAAGCACCUGGAGAAUGAGCAGAAGGCGAGGGGAGGGUGCCCUGCCGACUGGGCCUGGAUCGUGCCCCCCAUCUCUGGCAGCCUCACACCUGUCUUCCAUCAAGAGAUGGUCAACUAUUUCCUGUCCCCCGCCUUCCACUACCAGCCAGAUCCCUGGAAGGGAAGUGCAGCCAAGGGCACAGGUAUCACCAGGAAGAAGACCUUUAAGGAAGUGGCCAAUGCAGUCAAGAUCUCUGCCUCGCUCAUGGGCACUGUGAUGGCAAAGCGAGUGAAGGCGACAAUCCUGUAUGGCUCUGAGACUGGCCGGGCCCAGAGCUACGCACAGCAGCUGGGGAGGCUCUUCCGGAAGGCUUUCGAUCCCCGGGUCCUGUGCAUGGAUGAGUAUGAUGUGGUGUCCCUUGAGCACGAGACACUGGUGGUUGUGGUGACCAGCACAUUUGGGAACGGUGAUCCACCCGAGAACGGCGAGAGCUUUGCAGCCGCCCUGAUGGAAAUGACCAGCCCCUACAACAGCUCCCCUCGACCCGAACAGCACAAGAGCUACAAAAUGCGCUUCAACAGUGUCUCUUGCUCAGACCCCCUGGUCUCCUCCUGGCGGCGGAAAAGGAAGGAGUCUAGUAACACAGACAGUGCGGGGGCGCUGGGCACCCUCAGGUUCUGUGUGUUCGGGCUGGGCUCCCGGGCAUAUCCCCACUUCUGCGCCUUCGCGCGCGCAGUGGACACGCGGCUGGAGGAGCUGGGCGGAGAGCGGCUGCUGCAGCUGGGCCAGGGGGAUGAGCUGUGCGGCCAGGAGGAAGCCUUCCGUGGCUGGGCCCAGGCCGCCUUCCAGGCCGCCUGUGAGACUUUCUGUGUGGGAGAAGACGCCAAGGCUGCUGCCCGGGAUAUAUUCAGUCCCAAACGGAGCUGGAAGCGCCAGAGAUACCGGCUGAGUCCCCAGGCCAAGGGCCUCCAGCUGCUGCCAGGCCUGAUCCACGUGCACAGGCGGAAAAUGUUCCAAGCUACUGUCCUCUCAGUGGAAAACCUGCAAAGCAGCAAGUCCACCCGGGCCACCAUCCUGGUGCGCCUAGACAUUGGAGGGCAGCAGGGGCUGCAGUAUCAGCCAGGGGACCACAUUGGGGUCUGCCCGCCCAACCGGCCUGGCCUGGUGGAGGCGCUGCUGAGCCGCGUGGAAGACCCGCCGCCGCCCACCGAGCCCAUUGCAGUGGAGCAGCUGGAGAAGGGCAGCCCUGGUGGCCCGCCCCCCGGCUGGGUACGGGACCCCAGGCUGCCCCCAUGCACACUGCGCCAGGCUCUGACCUACUUCCUGGACAUCACAUCCCCACCCAGCCCUCAACUCCUUCGACUGCUCAGCACCCUCGCUGAAGAGCCCAGUGAACAGCAGGAGCUGGAAACCCUCAGCCAGGACCCCCGGCGCUACGAGGAGUGGAAGUGGUUCCGUUGCCCCACGCUUCUGGAAGUGCUGGAGCAGUUUCCGUCGGUAGCACUGCCGGCCCCCCUGCUCCUCACCCAGCUGCCUCUGCUCCAGCCACGGUACUACUCCGUCAGCUCAGCACCCAGUGCCUCCCCAGGAGAGAUCCACCUCACAGUAGCUGUGCUGGCAUACCGGACCCAGGAUGGCCUGGGCCCACUGCACUAUGGUGUCUGCUCCACGUGGCUGAGCCAGCUCAAGGUUGGAGACCCUGUGCCCUGCUUCAUCAGAGGUGCUCCCUCCUUCCGGCUGCCGCCUGAUCCCAGCUUGCCCUGCAUCCUCGUGGGACCUGGCACGGGCAUUGCCCCCUUCCGGGGAUUCUGGCAGGAGAGGCUGCACGACAUUGAAAGCAAAGGGCUGCAGCCCGCCCCCAUGACCUUGGUGUUUGGCUGCCGAUGCUCCCAGCUCGACCACCUCUACCGUGAGGAGGUGCAAGACGCCCAGCAGCGCGGGGUGUUUGACCGUGUUCUCACCGCCUUCUCCCGGGAACCCGACAGCCCCAAGACUUACGUGCAGGACCUCCUGCGGACUGAGCUGGCUGCUGAGGUGCACCGCGUGCUGUGCCUCGAGCGGGGCCACAUGUUCGUCUGUGGCGAUGUCACCAUGGCGACCAGCGUCCUGCAAACCGUGCAGCGCAUCCUAGCGGCAGAGGGCGACAUGGAGCUGGACGAGGCCGGAGACUUCAUCGGCGUGCUGCGGGAUCAGCAACGCUACCACGAGGACAUUUUCGGGCUCACCCUGCGCACCCAGGAGGUGACAAGCCGCAUACGCACCCAGAGCUUUUCCCUACAGGAGCGGCAGCUGCGGGGUGCAGUGCCCUGGGCGUUCGACCCGCCCGGUGCAAACACCCCUGGCCCCUGAGAGUCCUUUUGCUUUCUACUCCAGUUCCCGG